AUGACAGCCUAUGCGCGUGUUGGUGUCUGCACAGGGUCCAACAAAGGCAUCGGACUCGCCAUUGUUCGCCAACUCGCCCUCCAGUAUCCUCGAUCCCCGCUCAAUAGCGGCCCUUUACUCAUCUACCUUACUGCACGAAACGAAGAGCGAGGACAGGCAGCGCUUGAGUCAAUCAAGCUGGAUCCGCAGCUCAAACGUGCAAAGGCGUUGAGACUUCAUGGAGGCCUCACAGAUGUGAAAUAUCUUCCACUCGAUAUCGACAGCAAGCAGAGCAUCGAAGAGUUUGCAGCCAAGAUUAAACAAGAACAUCCUGAUGGCAUAGAUUUCUUGAUCAACAAUGCUGCAAUUGCAAUGGACGGGUUUAACGAAAAUGUGGCCAAGAAGACUCUGCAUUGCAAUUACUUCGGGACCUUGGAGGUCACGCAGCAGCUGCUGCCGCAUAUCAAGGAUGGCGGGAGACUGGUCAACGUCGCUAGUUUGGCGGGCCAACUUGGUUCCAGGUACUCGAGCUCCAUCAGAUCUCGAUUCUUGCACGCAAAGUCACCGGAAGAGAUCAGCCAACUGAUGGAAGAGUUCUCAACGGCGGUGUCGAAAGGAACACACCAAAGGGAUUGGCCAAGCGCUGCCUAUGCUGUCUCAAAGGCUGGCGUGAUAGGGAUGACGAAGACCAUCGCCGAGCAGAGUGCGCAAAAGGGCCGCAAAGUCUUGAUCAACAGCUGUUGCCCGGGCUACGUCAAGACCGACAUGACCAAAGGCGGAGGAGUAAAGACACCAGACCAAGGAGCGCAGACGCCGGUGUUGUUGGCCAUUGGAAACAUCAAAGGGAACGGGCAAUUCUGGUCGAAUGAGAAGAUUUCUAGCUGGGAGUAA